AUGGGGUCAGUCGAUUGGGAGGACUCCCAGCAGCCAGACCCAGCUCAUGAAGAUCCCGUUCCCCCAGACAUGAGCAGCCCCAUCCAGGAGGACAUCGAGGUCUCAAAACAGACAGAGGGUCCUGCCGACCAGAAGGUGGAGAGUCCGGCCUUUCGGCACGCUCUGAAGGCAUUCCAGGGAAUAACCGGACUGGCGGUCACUGGGACCUUCGACCCAGCCACAAGAGAGGCCAUGAACAGCCCCCGGUGUGGGGUGCCUGACCAGGGGUGGCAUCCCGGUGUACCGUCGCCCCUGGCCACCAUGGAGGUCAAGGGCAGGCGGGCUGCAUUAGAUCAAGGUCUGGUCCGCACCAAGAAGUUCUCCCAUCACCUCCUCCUCCACCACCUGAGGGCCCGAGGGAGGAGAAGGGAGGUCGCAGACGGUAAUGUCUCUGGCCUGGUGUUCCGCAAACGAAGCCUGAGGUGGCGCCUGCUGACGGAGGGUUACAGCUCUCAGUUACCAGUGCUGGAGCAGAGAGCAGCCAUUCACCUGGCCUUCAGGCUGUGGAGUGAGGUCACACCCAUUGACUUUGAGGAGGAUCUGAGCUCCCCUGUCUCGCUGCUGGACAUCACACUGGCGUUUGGAACCGGACGGCACUUGGGCUGCUCUCAGGCGUUUGAUGGAGCUGGACAAGAGGUGGCACACUCCUGGCAGAACAGAGCCAUUCACUUUGAUGACGAUGAACAUUUCACAGCAGUCAACAGUGACCAGGGCAUCAGCCUGCUCAGGGUGGCUGUACAUGAAGUGGGCCAUGUCCUGGGCUUGCCUCACAUGUACGGCAUGGGCUCAAUGAUGCAGCCCAACUACAGCACAGAGGGCAGGGACACCGAGCUAGCCUGGACGGACAGAAGGGCCAUUCAGCAACUGUACGGGGUCUGCGAGGGUCCGUUCGACACUGUGUUUGACUGGGUUCGACGUGAGAGGGGUGAGGACGGGAGGCUGGUGCUGGGCUUCAACACCUACUUCUUCCGAGGCACCUGGUACUGGAUGUACGAGAACCGGAACAACCGCACGCGGUACGGUGACCCACUGCCUAUCUACAGUGGCUGGCACGGCAUUCCCACCGCAAGGAUUGAUGCCUUCGUCCACGUCUGUACCUGGUCUAAAGACGCUGCUUACUUCUUCAAAGGCACCCGCUACUGGAGAUAUGACAAUUUCAAUGACCGUGCAUACACAGAGGAUUCUCGGGGUGUCAGAUAUCCCAAGCUCAUCUCCAGUGGAUUCCCAGGUAUUUCUGGACCCAUCAACACAGCCUUCUUUGACAGACGUGACCAAUGCAUCUACUUCUUCAAGGAGAGCCAGGUGACAGCCUUCAAUGUCAACACCAACAUGAGGGUCCCUGGGUAUCCGAGGAGGAUUACCGACGUCUUCCCAGCCCUGUUCCCCGGAGAUCACCCAGUCAGCAACCUAGAUGCAGUCUACUAUUCCGCCACCCACAGAACUACCUUCCUGUUCAAGGGCCUUUACUUCUGGAGGGUGGUCAACAGACAUGACCGGCUCAGCAACCCCCACCUGCCUUACAACGGGCUGCAAGCCAAGCGCAAGGUCAGUGAGCAGUGGCUGGACAUCUGUAAUGUGCACCCCUCUGCCAUGGCCUAA